AUGGAUACAUGUAUGGUUUUUCACACUCAAAUAGCCUCCAUCAUGGAGGUGCUAGCGAAUGCAGCCGUGGCAGAGAUCUGUAAACUCGUAGACGACGACUAUGCAGUGUUUCGUUUAGAAAUGACUCAAAGCCAGAAAGAAAACAGGGCAUUGCGGAGGAAACUACAGAUACUGGACCUGAAGGUAUCACGGGAGCGCGUCCUCGCCAGUCGUCCCAGUAGUGUCAAGAUCGUCGACAGAUACAGAGGAGUUGAAGGACAUCUCACUGGAGGCCACAGGAGUGUUGUGAAGCCAGCGGGACACAAUACAUGGAGAGAUGACCAACCAAUCACUGUUGAUGAGGGGAAUGGAACCUCACCACAGCACGUUAUUGUGAUAGAGUCGGCACAUGCAGAGGCCUCGGGUCCUGGAGGAUUCUCUCUGGUCAAGCAGGAGAGGACUGAAGGAGAGGACCCACGAGACGGCAGACACAUCCAGACUGGAGCAGCGGCCGGAGUGGAACUCCCUUCAGCAGUGCCCCGGCACAGGACCCGACGAAGCAUCAUUGUGGAGGAGGAAGAAGGUCCAGAGGUGCAGCUGGUGAAGCAGGAGGGUCUGGGGAACCCUGAGGAGACCAUGGUCAUGGAGGACAACCAGACUACACCUUCUCCUGAACCCACAGAGGAACCAGCUGAGCAGCACAGGACCACACACAGUCUCACUGAGUCAGUAGACAUGGAGGAUGGGAAGCCUGAUCUGCUGCUAGUCAAAGAGGAGACAAUAGAAGACGGACCAGAGAGCAUUGAUCUGCUGAGUGGACUAAAGCUGGGGGCGCAAGGUGAUUGGAUGGAGGCUAAAAGAGGAGACUGGGUGGCCAUCUCUGAUUCCCAGAUAGGUGCAGCCAAGGGCCCAGGGGACAACAUCACAGAGCAGGCCAGGACCAGAGGCGAGGCCAGUGGAUUGGACAGCGUCCUCAACUCUGGGCUGGGGAACAACACUGUUAACCAGAAACAGACAGUCGAAAACAAAACAACAACCGAAUUUAGUCUCCAUGCCAACAGACUGGCUGAGACCAGGGUGAGGUGUAGAUUUGGUCUGUGGGGACGGGGAGGUGUCCGUAUGUGGAGGGAGAGAACAGACACAGACACGGCUAGUGAUGCACCGUCCUGCUCCUAUAGUUGUGAUUCAGAGAGACUGAUGGGGCCUCAGGUUAAGCCCCUAGCACUGCCUUCUAUAGGAUCUAUCAACUGGAACUUGGACCCUGCGACAACACAGACACUUCCUGGCCUUCAAACUCCUCAAGCUCUCCUUAUGUUAAACCAGACCUCAGACAAUGCCAGUGCCUCAACACUAAAUGGCUACACAAGCCCAUCGACAAAUGAGAGUAGUAGAGAUGGAAUCAGUAAAGGUGGCAGCGCCAAGGAGAAGCGCUUCCCGUGUUCGUUCUGUGGGAAAGCCUUCAGUUUCCCAAAACACGUGGAGAUCCACCAGAGGAUACACACGGGGGAGAAACCGUUCGGCUGUAGCCAGUGUCACAUGCGCUUUGCCCAGGCUGGCCACCUGAAGAGGCACCAGAGAGUCCACACAGGGGAGAAACCCUACAGCUGCCCCCAGUGUGAGAAAAGGUUCUCCCACCAGCAUCAGCUGAAGCUGCACCAGAGGGUCCACACAGGGGAGAAACCCUACGGCUGCCACCAGUGUGAGAAAAGGUUCUCCCACCAGCACCAUCUGAAGAUGCACCUGAAGGUCCACACGGGAGAGAGGCCGUUCGCCUGUACGCACUGCGGGAAGAGGUUCUCAGAGAGGAGCUCUCUCAGGACACACCAGCAGAAAAUGCACACAGCCCAUGUAUAGAGUAUAGUGACAUGUAGUACUAAUUUGUUUUUUUGCAGUUAAUUAUGUUGGUUUUGGAUGUAUAGGGAACUGGAUGAGGUGAACUGAGGAUGAUGAGGUGAUGGUUGGUGUGAUGGUGUCUGUAAAAAUGCUUCACUGAUGAAGAGUGACAAACUUUGUCCCUUUAGGUUGAUACUGGUGUUUUAUAAUAAGGAAAUGAUAGUGCCUUAAUUCAUGUUUACUUUAAAUGAAGUAGUGAAGAUGUGUGUAAUGUUUAACCUUUUGCAAAGUACUUUAAAAUGUAUUUUAUCAAAGCAAGGGUACCAGAUUUACAGAAAAGUUAACGCAUCAUGUAACAAUUUCAAAAAUGUUACUGAGUUAGUUUAUAAUAAGGAAAUACGUUAAUAAAAAUGAUUUCAUUAGUCCCUAA